AUGAAUGGCUUUGAAAAAGGCCUCGACGAAGAUGCCUUCGGAGAGAAGUCCAAUCUGGCAGGUCUAAAGACCUUUGACGCUUUCCCCAAAACCAAAUCAUCCUACACAACCCCAACCCGCAGCGGAGGCGUAUGGACCGUCGUAAUCCUACUAGUCUGCACGCUCUUCAGCAUCACCGAAUUAAAAAUAUGGUGGCGCGGCACCGAACACCAACAAUUCAGCGUUGAAAAAGGCGUCUCGCACGAACUCCAACUAAACCUCGACAUAGUCGUCGACAUGCCCUGCGACGCCCUCCGCGUCAACAUCCAAGACGCAGCAGGUGACCGCAUUCUCGCCGGCGAGCUCCUCAAACGCGACGACACGAACUGGGACCUGUGGAUGGCGAAACGCAACUACGAGACCUACGCCGGCGCCCACGAGUACCAGACUCUGUCUCACGAGGAGAACGACCGGCUCGAGGAGCAGGAGGCCGACUCUCACGUGCGACAUGUCCUCGGCGAAGUGCGUCACAAUCCCUGGCGCAAGUUCCCCAAGGGCCCGCGCAUGCGGAGGGGCGAUGUGCCCAAUGCUUGUCGCAUUUACGGGAGUCUGGAAGGGAACAAGGUCCAGGGUGAUUUCCAUAUCACAGCGCGAGGACAUGGAUAUCGUGAUGCCGGGGCGCAUCUGGAUCAUUCGAGUAUGUUUGCUCUUUUACCCUCUACCCUUCACCCUGCACCUUGCACCCUCUGCCAUUACUAUUGUCUCGAAAUAUUGAUAGCUAACACUGCCAUUCCAACAACAGCCUUCAACUUCUCCCACAUGAUCACGGAGCUCUCCUUCGGCCCGCACUACCCAACCCUGCACAACCCAUUGGACAAAACAAUCGCCGAAAGCGACUCGCACUACUACAAGUUCCAAUACUUCCUGUCCGUCGUCCCAACCCUCUACAGCAGAGGCAAAGGCGCGCUAGAUGCCUACACCCGGUCUCCGAUGUCAGCUGCAGCCCGUUCCGGCCGCAACACCGUCUUCACGAACCAAUACGCGGCGACCAGCCAGAGCGGCGCGAUCCCCGAGUCGCCCAUGGUCGUCCCGGGCAUCUUCUUCAAGUACAAUAUUGAACCGAUCCUUUUGCUGGUUAGUGAGGAGCGCACGGGGUUCUUGGCGCUGCUGAUCAGGUUGAUUAAUACUGUUUCUGGGGUUCUCGUUACUGGUGGGUGGAUUUACCAGAUUUCGUCCUGGGCUGGAGAGGUCUGGGGCCGGAGGAGGGGUCGGUCUAUGGAGGGUUAUUUGACGGGGAAGUCUGCUUCUGAUUGA